AUGGUCGACCUCCAUAGUUUACCGUCCGGCUCGUGGCCGAGCCAAGCAAUUCGCAAUAAUGGUUCUGACAGCUUGGCUUUGGAAAGGUACAAGCUUAGAGAGCUAGCAGAAGGCUGGCCAUGCUAUAGAGAUGCAUGUGAAUGGGAAAACAUGAUGUCGAUUUUCCAUGACGAUGCCCAUAUAUACACAACGUGGACCGGACGAACUCAUUACAAGGAUUUCAUUGCAGCAUCGCAGCAGGGAAUGGAUAAUGGAGCUUUCAUCAUGCAUCGAUGCCAUGGAAGCACAACUGAUAUCAAUGCCGAAGCAACUCGCGCAGUUACAAAGAUGAAGACCACUAUAACACAGCGAUUCCAGAUUGACGGUUGUGAGGUUGACGCUGAUGCUGACUGUCGGUUCUGUUUCUUUUGGGAAAAGGCAGGUGGAAGAUGGGGAGCUCGAUUCGUCAAGCACUGGUAUGAGAAGGACAAACUGAUUCCGGUGGACCCGAGGAUGAUUCCAACUUUAGACGAUGAAAAGUUGAAGGAGUACCCUACCGGGUACAGGUACUUAGCAUACUGUCAAGAAAUUACCAUGGGCGUGAAAGUGAUGCUGGACAUGCCCAGUCAUCGCAGAGAUGGUGAUAACCUGAAUGGACAGAAACACGAUGCGCUAUAUUGGCAAUGUAAAGACUGGGUCGAGGGACGAAAUGUAGAUAUUUGA